UGCAUGACCAUUGACCGGCCGACGGUUAAAAAACUCGUUGUCAAAUAUUAUUAAAUAAAUAAUAAUAAAUAAUAAUGUUGAUUAAUGAUUUGUUCGACGGCGUGUCGGCGUAUUGAAACUAAGUGUAUUAACUAUUAUACCUAACUAUACAUAACCUUUUUAGACGUCGUCUCGCUCGUUCACCAAAACGUAUUGUAAACCGGUUCACUUAUCCAAAGUCGUUUAUAUUACAAACAUGAAUGCUGUUUCGAACGAGGAAACCGAUCAUAAUAAAAUGUCAAAGAAAGGCAUAAGGAAGUUUUUGCACAACCUGCAACCAUCAAGUUCCAGCAAGGAAAGCUUGGUGGGUGCUGGCAGGACAGCGCAAGACAUAGCAAUCGACGGUAAAUCCUCAAAACCUGAACAGACAUUUGACAAGACGGAAGAACAUGCUAAAGAAACAUCAGCUUCUGUUGUUUCGUCGCUGUACGUACAAUUGUUAAAUGAAGAUCUUACUUCUGAAGCUGGCCCGAGUGAAAAAUAUUGGGAAGUGGUCUCUGAACGUCGAAGAAAAGCUUUAUUAGAGGCAUUGGAUGAACAUCAACAAUUACAAGCAGCAGCUAUUGCUUUAGAAGAAGAGAAUUUGUCUUUGGGGGUAUUGGUUGAUAACACUACUCAUCUUGUCAACACACUUAAGGAAAUGAUAAAUGAAGAGACUUCUGAUGAUAAUCUUGAACCAUCUAAUGAACAGGAAGACAGUGAUUUAAGUACGCCCGAUAGUUCUUCAAGUGUUAAACAUAUACAUAAGAAAAUGAAGACAUCACCAGAUGAUAUUUCAGAUAUCGACUAAGAAAGUUAAUUUAUACCUAUACUUAAGAAUUAUAAGUUAUAAUUUACUAACAUAAUAACAUUAUUUUGCCAAAAAUCACAAGUUUCUAGUAGGUUUAUGUUAAUUUAUUUAUAGCCAUAAGGAUAUUAUAUUAAUUAUGUUUAAUAAGUAUUAUAAGUAUAUUUUUAUUUCACAUUCAAUCAUAGAAUUGUUUGGUAUAUUGAAGUAAUAUGGUACUACCUUGUACUCAAGGUAGACAAAAUAGUUGUUUAUAUUGUUAAAAAAAAUAAUUGCCAAUCAUUGUAACUGUGGCAUUAUAAAGUUAAUAAAUUAUAUUGAAAAAUGAACACAGUAUUUAUUCUAAAAAAAUGUAUAUAAUAUAAUAUAUUAUUAUAUAUUUAUAUUUUUAAAAGUUCAAACUUUUCUACAUUCUAAUAUCAAUAUAAAUAAAUAAUUAUUUAUAAGUAACGACUAUUACUCGGGUAAAAUGGGCAAAUGACAAAUUUUAAUGGCAAAAAAAAUUAUUUUUAUUUCAUUAAUAUAUUUUGUAUUUAAUGAAAAAUAGUUCUUUAUUAUUUCUAAGUGAUAGUUACUAAUUAUAACAUUUUGUACUUCAAAACAAAAAUAGCUUAUUCUGUAUUUUCAAUAUUUGUUUCAAUUAUAGUCUAGAAAGAUUUUCUAUUUAGAUUAUCAAAAAUUCAAAACAGGAAUAUAUUUAUAGAUAAAGCUAGUAUUACUUGUGUUAUAUUAAAAAUACUCAUUGUAUAUAAAUAUUCAAUUAUUAAACCCGAAUAAAAUUCAAAUAAAAUGUAAUACCCAAGUUAAAUUCAAUUUAAUAAAGAGAUUAUAUUAAAAUGUUUUUGAGUCUCUAGGUACUUAAUAUUUGAAUAUUUUUUAAAAAUUAAACUUCCUCUACCCUGGUCCUCACGA